AUGAGUGAUGCAAGCCUCGAUACGAAUUCAAAUGGAGCCUCAUUGUCGAUGGAGGAAGUGACGAAAAUUAUUCAGAAAAUGAGAGAAGAACAAGCGUCGUUCCUCGAACAGCAGCGAGAAGUCAUUAUCCAGCAGAUUUUGGAGACUAUUCAACGCUCAGGGGUGCUUACUGCAGCAAGUCCGGGCUCUAGCAAACCUAGAAAGAACGAAAAAUCAUCGUCUACUUCCCGACUCGAGCAAAACUUGCAUAACCUCGUCCACCACUCACUUGCCGAAAGCGGUUUGGAUUAUCCUCAUGUCCACAGUACGGCACACGGAGCAAGGGCCCAGACCGUCAAAGACUCUAACAAAGUUGAAAUUAUUGAGCACUCAAGAAAAAAGCCGCUCAUUCUAAGCCGUCAAGAAGUCGAGAGUGGUUAUUGUAGCAGUCCAUCGUCAGUCCAACAUGACAGUAAUGGAGGUCACGAAGAAGAUCAACAAGAGCGGACAUCCUCAAGCCAAGAACCAAACGCCUCCUUAUUACAUUCACCACCUUACAAUAAAGAGGUAACCUCACGAAGAAAUCCACAUACAAGACGCCGACGGCGACAUCGACACAGUAAAUCUCGAUCUCGGGCUUACGUGGAGCAUGUCGACGAUGACUAUUCAGAAUUCACUGAUCCCGUCGAUGCAGCCUUCGCGGAGGUGCGUCACAAAGUGGACUUAAAGACCUUAGCGAUUCUUGAUCGAUCGAAGGCGCUUCUUGGUCAAGUAAAACAGCCAUCGACAGACGGAAGAACCAGCUUCGUGGAAAAGCUACGACAACGUCAUGCGAAUGUGGACCAGAGCACUACUACCGAUAAAAUCAAUGAAGAAGUAAAUGACGGUAGCGAUGAUAGCCAGUCUUUCGAACAGAGAGGUGAGGAAGGCGAAGAGCAAUCGAAAGCAUCAGAAGAUCAGUCACAAGAUGUUAAGACCUCCAAAGUGUCUCCAGAGGAUAUCCGAUGCGACCUGGAACUUCUACAACCUCCCUCUAAAGCACCUGACAACGACAACGAAUGGGAAAACGAAUUAGCCCGGCAGAUUCUGACGAUCUAUGCAACAUCCGUGAAAGCCAAAGCGCUAGAGAAAUCUAACGCCAACAGCUCUGGAAUGGAGCAGAGUGACAACCAAAACUCUCGAGGCGUUAACGGGAAGCAGCGAUUUCAAAGUGUACGGAAGGCAAGGAGAGCACAUAGUCGAGAAGGAUCUUUAAAGACUUCAUGUUCGCUCCCAGCAAUUGGCAAGAAUUCUACUCUCAAACCUACAAAACAGCAACAAUAUUCGUCAACUGUAAACUACUCGUGGGAGCCAUCUCAGCUUCGAGAAGAUGGCAAAGUAAUCAUCAAUAUGCCGAAAGUUCCUCGGCCAAUCUGGUUUGCUGGCACGGGUGCUGUAAAGGCUAUCUGGUGUGCUCUAGCGGACGGAUUUUCCCAGCUACGCCCUCAACAUUCAAUCGCUGGAUCGAUAACCACUUCAGUGUCUGUGUGUGACCAUCGGUUGUGUGAAGAAGUUCGACAAUUGGAAGCCAAGAAGAAGUUCACGCAGUGUAUUACAACGCUCGAGUCGCUGUUAAUCGCCUUGGUUCGAGCUCGUGGAGUGGACGAACUGGAGACGAAACUCUGGAAACAACUCGUUGUCACUUGCAAUGCAUUUGCUAGUCGCUGCAUAGAUUACCAGAAAUUUCCAGCCGGACUGCAACUGAUGAAGCAGGCUGAACAUCUCAUUGACAACUCCAUUUUGGUGGAUAGUACAAUGAGGAUGGAGCUCUUGGCGUACCUGUACGAUACCUAUGCGCACUAUUACUACAAGCGCCGUAAACCGCAUGCGGGACUUCAGUACAUCAUGAAAGCUCACGAGAUCCACAGCAGACAAAGUAGCUGGUCGCAUCUGGCCAAGUGCCGACUGCACAUUGCAAAUCUGCUCUCGUUCCAGAACAAACACACGGAAGCGAUGAGAUACAUGGCCAGUAUUCUGGAAAUGAUCGAGGAAAACAAGCUAGAAGAGACGUCGGAAGGAGUUGGCGGUGGCUCGGCACAGAAACUCUGUCUUGCAGCUGUGUGCUACAAUAACUUGGCUGUCGAACAACUGCAUAUACGCGAAUUUGAAACAGCAAAUGUCUCCUCUUCAAACGCCCAGCGACUUGCCAAAUUGUGUUUGAGUUACAGUAAUCGAUGGCUCGCGCAGUUUCAGGCUACUAGUGAUUGCGUCGCCUUGGCCAUCGCAACUCUUAUGGAGGACACCAAUGCAAAUAAAGAUCCUCUAGCCGAAUGCAGAGCGUCUUCAGCGACAAACGAGAGAAGAAAACAAACAACCGAACCAGGUUCAUCACAGUAG